AAUUAAAGUAUUUCUUGGUUUCAUCAUUCUAGUCAAGUUAAGAACAUUUUUUUAGUAAAUUCGAUUCAUCACAAAUAAUUUCUAGACCAUCUUGAGUUUACGGAAACGGCGCUAAUCAGAGAAUUCUUCCUUUGAAUGAUGAACAACGAUUCAGAUUCGGAAUACGAAGAAACCGAGUAUUUGGUGUAUGCAGACUUUAAAAAUCAUUUGGCGCCACAUCAAUUGAAGCACGAAGAUGCUGCAUUCAAAAUAAUUGGCAUUGAGACAGACACGCCAAUGGCCGAAGUAAAUGGCAAUAUCUUCAAAGGUUCUUAUGAUAUGUCAUUGGGCACAAAUUUAUUUUUUGAGAAAGAUAAUAACAGUUCACCCGGAGAUCCACUGUUUGAACCCGUCUGCCGACAACAAUACAAAUACGUGACUAAAACGGACAAAGUAAUCACCUUCGAGCGCACUUACAUCGAGAGCCUGCAGCAAGAGAAGGAAGUGCAGAAGGGAGAAGACGAGCAAAAGCAAGUGGAGGAAGCAGAGCAACCAACGUUAAAACUUAAUAUUACCUACAAAGAAGCCAUUAACAAGUUUGGCGACGAACUAUAA